AUGCUCCCUUGGAGCAUCAUCAUCAUCAUCCCCCGGUUCGCGGGGCUGCGCGGGGGGCGGCGGCGCUCGGCGGAGGGUCCGCGGCUGCUCCGGCUGCCGGCCCCCGUGCGGGGGUGUGCGGUGUGCGCGGAGCCGUGGUCCCCAGGGCGGGCCGCGGCCGUGCCCGAGGCCGCCGGAGCCGCCCCCCGGCCGCGCCGGGAUGCGGGGGGACGCGGCGGCGUCUACGAGCACCUCGGGGGAGCGCCCCGGCGCAGGAAGCUCUACUGUGCCACCAAGUACCACCUCCAGAUCCACCCCAGCGGCAGGAUCAACGGCACCCUGGAGAAGAACAGCGCCUUCAGUAUUCUGGAAAUAACUGCUGUGGACGUUGGAAUCGUUGCCAUCAAGGGCCUGUUCUCUGGCAGAUACCUGGCCAUGAACAAGAGGGGCAGACUUUAUGCAUCAGAGAGCUACAACUCGGAGUGUGAGUUCGUGGAGAGGAUCCACGAGCUGGGUUACAACACCUACGCGUCCCGGCUGUACCGGACUGUGCCCAGCAGGGCGGGCACCAGGCGCAAAGCCAGCGCGGAGAGACUCUGGUACGUCUCCAUCAAUGGCAAAGGACGACCCAGGAGGGGCUUUAAGACCCGCAGGACACAGAAAUCCUCUCUCUUUCUGCCCAGAGUGCUGGAUAACAAGGACCACGAGAUGGUCCGGCUGUUCCACACCAAUGUGAAAUUCCGGGAGAGUCUCCUGAAGGCGCCGAGCAAGAACCAGCGCAGAAGGAGAGGACACUGA